ACCGCCUCCCCCUCCCACUCUAGCUGUCUACCUCUGGGCGGGACUGGGGGGGGUGAUGAGAUACUUGGGCGGUGACAGUGGAAGUGGCGACAGCAACGGCAAUUGCAGUCACAUCCACGACCGUAACCAUGGCCGAGAAUCAUGUCCCGAAUAAAGCCAAGCUCAUCUCUGAGACUCGACGGAGAUUUGAAGCUGAGUAUAUGACAGAUAAGUCAGAUAAAUAUGAUCCACGUGAUGUUGAAAGGCUUCAGCAAGAUGAUAACUGGGUUGAAAGUUACUUAUGUUGGAGACAUUACAGUGUAGAUGAAACACUGAAGAUGCUCGAUGAGAGUUUUCAGUGGAGGAAAGAAAUUUCUGUCAAUGACCUUAAUGAAUCCUCCAUUCCUAGAUGGUUAUUGGAAAUGGGUAUUAUUUAUCUCCAUGGAUAUGACAAAGAAGGUAACAAAUUGUUCUGGAUCAGGGUGAAGUAUCAUACAAAAGACCAGAAAACCAUAUCGGACAAAAAAAAACUCAUAGCAUUCUGGUUAGAACGUUAUGCUAAGAGAGAAAAUGGGAAGCCUAUCACAGUGAUGUUUGACCUGUCAGAAACUGGAAUAAAUAGCAUGGACAUGGACUUUGUACGCUUUAUCAUCAACUGCUUUAAGGUUUAUUACCCUAAAUACCUCUCAAAAAUAGUGAUCUUUGAUAUGCCUUGGUUAAUGAACGCUGCUUUCAAAAUUGUGAAAAGCUGGCUUGGUCCAGAAGCCAUGAGUUUGUUGAAGUUCACAGGCAAAAAUGAAGUCCAGGACUAUGUCAGUGUAGAGUACCUGCCUCCACACAUGGGCGGAGCUGAUCCCUUCAAGUACAGCUAUCCACCCCUAGUGGAUGAUGACUUCCAGACACCAUUGUGUGAGAAUGGGCCUAUUACCAGUGAGGAUGAAACUUCAAGUAAAGAAGACAUAGAAAGUGAUGGUAAAGAAACCUUGGAAACAAUUUCUAAUGAAGAACAAACAAGUCUCCCCAAAAAGACUAACCCAGCUGAAUCUACUACCAAAGCAGAAGAAACUGAAAAAGUUGAGUCAAAAAUAAAAGCUUUUAAGAAACCAUUGAGUGUGUUUAAAGGACCCUUAUUACACAUCAGCCCAGCAGAAGAACUAUAUUUUGGAAGUACAGAAUCUGGAGAGAAGAAAACUUUAAUAGUGUUGACAAAUGUGACUAAAAAUAUAGUGGCAUUUAAGGUGAGAACAACUGCUCCAGAAAAAUACAGAGUCAAGCCAAGCAACAGCAGCUGUGACCCGGGUGCAUCAGUUGAUAUUGUUGUGUCUCCCCAUGGGGGUUUAACAGUCUCUGCCCAAGACCGUUUUCUGAUAAUGGCUGCGGAAAUGGAACAGUCAUCUGGCACAGGUCCAGCAGAAUUAACUCAGUUUUGGAAAGAAGUUCCUAGAAACAAAGUGAUGGAGCAUAGGUUGAGAUGUCAUACUGUUGAGAACAGUAAACCAAACACUCUGACAUUAAAAGACAAUGCUUUUAAUGUGUCAGAUAAAACCAGUGAAGAUUUAUAUCUACAAUUUGCCACCUCCAGAUGUGAAACAGACUGCAGUCCACCCUAAGUACUGUGCACAGUAUCUCCCUGUGUGUGUGCACAGUGGCUUCCCCUUACAUGGUAGAUUUUUGGCCUUAAUAUAAUCUCAAAGUAUUUGUGUAUAUUUUCUGUUCCUCAGCAAAUAAGUGAGGAAAUAAUUAGCCAAGAUUGGAAAUGUGUUGUCCUAACAGUGUCCCUUUAAUGUUCCACAUGAAAAUUAUGUUGACCCACUAAAAGAUCUUUGCUCAACGUCAGUUAACUUUAAUAACAUAUCUUGUUAAUGUUUAUGUGUCUAUUAAAUGUGACUAAGCAGAAUUACUGAAAAUUAUAAAAUCAAAAGCAUCUAAA